AUGCGCACCUUUACCACCUCCGCCAUUCUCAUUUCAGGAGCACUUGCCGCGGCGAUCUCUCCACCAGGCACACCAGUCACGAUAGCCGAUCUGGAGCUCCGCCAGGUUCCUACUACUACCACCGCCACAAGCUCCUCGCUUCCCAACGCUGCCGCGGCAGCACAGGAAACAACCACGACAACGAACCCCGUCGCCACCACCACCACCACCUCUGCGCUUACCGGAAUCUCAACCACCACCGCUCUUUCUUCCUCCACAACAUCACCGACGACCACCACAGCCGUUGUCAAUCCCUUACUCACCUCGACCUCGACCUCGUCUCUACCCACCUUACUAUCUUCCACCAACCCCACCACCCUCGCCACCGCUACAACCACCACCGCCGCCGCUGGUGCCGCCAACCCGGCGACCAUCACCAGCGCAGCCGCCGCUGCAACCACCACGAACGCGGACCCCCUUAACGCAAACACAUGGAUCACGACCAAGUGGAGCCCGCAGACGGACGCCGCGGGAGCGACGAUUGGCUGGACGAAGGGUGUUCACACGCAGACGUGGGCGGCGGUGCCGGACCAGCUGCCUGCGGCGGGGAGCGGCCGGAUUGGGUUCGGGCAGUACGAUGGUGAUUCCGUGGUGGCAGCAGCAGCAGCUGUUACUGAGACGAGUACUUCUGAAAGCAGUAGUGGUACCGCGAGGCUUAUAGGGGGUGAUCGUGUGCUUGGUGUGGUGAUUGUAGCGGUGAUGAUGGGCAUGGGAUUAUGA